AAGCCGGCUCCUCCUACUAAAAAGCCGGCUACCACUAAAAAACCCACUCCGAAACCGACAACUCCAAAACCGACCACUCCGAAGGCUACUACUCCGAAACCGACCACUCCAAAACCCACCACUCCAAAACCCACCACACCGAAGGCUACAACUCCAAAACCCACCACUCCAAAGCCCACCACUCCGAAACCUACCACUCCAAAACCCACCACUCCGAAACCUACAACUCCAAAGCCCACCACUCCGGAAGCUACAACUCCAAAACCCACCACUCCGAAACCUACAACUCCAAAACCCACCACUCCGGAAGCUACUACUCCAAAACCGACCACUCCAAAGCCUACCACUCCAAAACCCACCACCCCAAAACCCACCACUCCGAAACCCACCACUCCGAAGCCUACCACUCCAAAACCCACCACUCCAAAGCCGGGCUGUGGUUGCCAGCCAUGUGGACCCGGUGGCGUAGCUUGCCAAGGAUGCCCACCCCACGACAAUUUGUGCCAGGAAUUGUUAAAUGACAUCAAGAAUCUGGAUCGCAAGAUCAGGCAAUGCGUCUGUGGAGAGCCCCAGUGGAUGCUGUAAUACUAAAACACAACAAUCUGUAUUACUAAACCACCAAAACAAGCCAGCUUCAUUUAAAUCCACACAUCCUGCAGAACUGGAACUAAGAACCCGGCUGAUUGACAAGGAUAAUGUACUG